AAUAACUCGACAGUUACAAAGUUUGAAAUAUCAUUCCUAAUAAUUCUGAUUAAAAAAUUAUAGUAUUCUAUACAAUUUAUUUAUUUAUUUCAGUAAAUAUUCAAAAUGUUUUUCAUCAAAAUCUAAACAUUUAUUGAUGCAAUAACAAAAGGAAUGCCACACGUUUAUACUUAUACUUCAAAUCUUUGUAAUUGUGUUGAUGUAUGCGUUAUUAUCAAAAAUUCUUAACUUGCAAAGAUAUUAAGAUUAAUAAAAUCUUUAAAAAUAAGAAUUUAAUUACUAUUUUAUUUCAAUUUUGGUUUUUUAUAUAGUAUGAAAUAGCUUUUUAUUCAAAGAAAUUUAAAUUUAAAUAUAUUGAUAUUUUUAAUAGUUUUCUGGAAAUGUGUAACAAAGUUAAUGAAAUACCCUAUAUAUAUAUAAAAAGAUCACUCAUUUCGUAUAGCACACCAUAUAUGUGACCAACAGUAUUGCAUAAGUUUAUAUAUCUUAUAUGUUUAAAGCCUAUUUGUGGACACAUAAGAGAUUUUUUGUAUGUAUUCAGUAAACAUAAUUUUCAAGCGUAUGUUUGUCUGCUGAGCUGAAGACCAAGUAUACGGUUUUAAUUAGCACUAUCGCAGAACUCCAGCUAGUAACAGGUUCAAUCUCUCAAUGUUGUUCUUGUCUAGAUCUGGAGUUUCAGUAAUGCGAUGGAACUCUCAGCCACCCAGAGAAUCUGAUGAUAAAGUAACGAUUUACUUGUAUACAAUAUACUCUCAUGGAUACGUAAUAGGCCCCAGACUGCUAACACUAAUGCAAAUGUCCAAUUUUCAUUGCCUUGUGUGGUUUCAAAUUGAUUGGACUUUGGUGUCAUUGGUGGAAGUGGUGUGGCCAUACAACAUACUUCAUCACACAUAUGCAAUGGAAGUUACUACAGAAGAGACAACUAUGGAAGUUAGAGCAUCAAAAGAUAGUGAAAAUAAUCAAAAUCAGAAUACAUUGGAUUGCGGAGCAAUUUCUUGCCCACAACGCGAGAAUCAAAAUUGGGGGACACCAUAUACAAAGUCAACAGAAUUAGAUCACAGUAUUAUGUCUUUUGGCAUGCCGGAUGAUAGUCAUUGUAGUGAUACUAUGGAUGGAGAAAACGUAAUUGACAAAGACACUUUAUGCAAUGGUUCAUAUCAGGGAACUCCAGAACAUAACAUAGAUAUGAAUACUACUUCUGACGAUUUACGACAAUUUGACGUGCUAGACGAUCUAGAUCGUCAUCCAGAACAGAAUGAUGGUUCUGAUAGCGACUCAGAUACAGAUGAGAGUAUGGAUUCUGAUGUGCCGGACGAAGAAAUUGAAGCAAUGCUAGAAGAAGGUUUACCCGAGGAAUUUAAAGGAAAAAGAAGAGACAAAAAAGAUAGUUUACCCUAUGAGGAAAAGGAAAAACUUGUUUUAGAUGAAAUUGGGCAUAAUCAUUUUGAUGUUCUCCCUGAGGGUUGGGUACAAGUAACGCACAAUAGCGGAAUGCCAUUAUAUCUUCAUAAGCAAAGCAGAGUUUGUACUCUGGCAAAGCCGUAUUUUCUCGGUCCGGGAAGCGUCAGAAAGCACGAAGUUCCUGUAAGUGCCAUACCUUGCCUUCAGUACAAAAAAGCUUUAAUAGAAGAGGAAGAGGAGCAAAAGAAGGAAAUGGAACGUGCACCAAACGCCGAAGCUUGCAGUCUUCCCAGCGCAAAAAUUGAAACCAUACAAGAGAAUCGUGCGGCUCAUUCGUUAGAUAGCGAGCAGUUGAGGAAUUAUUGCCAAUCUUUGUUUCGUUUCAAAUCUAUUAAAGUAAUGAGGUUUCAAUCUUGGUCAGCGCGUCGGAAAUUUACGAAGAAUAAAAAGCAUCGUAAGCAACUUGAGCGUCCAACUUUACCAGAUGGUACAAAAUUAAUAACUUUUCCCGUCAGUAGUUCCAGUACAGCUGGCAGUGGAAGUACUACUGGUGAUGAUAAUGGACAGAGACCUGCAAAACAUUGGAUAAUGAAUCCAUCUGGCAAAAGUUACGUCUGUAUUCUUCAUGAAUAUGUGCAACAUGCGCUAAAGAAACAACCGACAUAUAAAUUUAAAGAAUUAGAAAACGCGGCGACACCGUAUUCCGCAGUAGUUUGUAUCAAUGACAUGGAAUACGGAAGCGGAUUCGGUAGCAGUAAAAAACAAGCAAAGGCAAAUGCAGCGCGGAAGACACUUGAAAUCUUAAUUCCUCAGAUGAAGGAUAAAAUUUCCGGCGAUAACGGCGGAGAUAAUGGAUCAAAUAACGCUAGUCGUACGAUAAAAGCGUCUAGAGGGAAUUCCGACGCAGAUCUCUCGUUCUUCGAUGAAAUAUCUAUCACAGAUCCGCGUGUCGCAGAAUUUUGUGCGAAAACCACAGAGCCUUCACCGCAUGCUAUCUUGAUAACUUGCCUUCAAAGAAACUAUGGUUUGGGAGAUAUGCAUAUUAAUUAUUCAGUAAAUACAUUGAAGCAUCAACGAAAUGAAUUUACAAUGACAGUUGGAAAACAUGAAGCUACCGUCGUUUGCCGUAAUAAGAAAGAUGGUAAACAGCGAGCGGCACAAGCGAUACUGCAGCUUAUACAUCCACAUAUACAGUCUUGGGGUUCCUUGUUGCGUCUUUAUGGAUCACGAAGUGUAAAGUCUUUUAAGGAAAAGAAACAAUUGGAACAAGAAAUAACCCUUUUGCAGGGUAAAGCCGCCGUUAAUCAACCGAAUCAUGCUAUUUUAGAUAAACUUAGACAAGAAAUGAAAAAGUUAGCCGAACAACGCGAAGCGAUACAACCUAUUGGUAAGUUUGUACCACCAGAUUUACCAACAGGAUCCGCAGCUAAUUUGAAUAAUGUAGAUUUAUAAAAAAUUAGUUUCCAUAGAGAGGUUUGUGUAGAAUAAAGAAUAUUAGCAAGAAAAAAAUAUGUGGAAGAGAUGUAAGAUAUGUGUAUAAUACUUUUUAGAAAUUAUAUACAUAUAUAUAUAUAUAUUUGCCUAUAAUUAUAUGCUAUUAUAAUUUUUAUAUGUAUAAGUACCUUUAUACUAUCUUACACUAAUCUUAUAUAGCUUUCAAGUAUUUUUUUAAGUUGCUGAAAAAUUAGAUGUGUGUACGUGUCAAAAUUGAGGUAUAAGGUUAUGAUAAAUCCUAAGUAUAAUGUUGUUCAUUUCUUUAUUAAAAAUGAAAUAUACAACUAUCUGGAAAGUCAUGUCUAUCUUGAUAAAAAACUGUUUUAUUAAAUAGUUCAAGUAAUUCGAAUAAUUACGAUUUUCAUGCAAUCUUAUUUAUUUAUUUGCAAUCUUAUUAUUUUAGAAAAUGAACAUAUAGAACAAAGCACACUGUUUAGUUAAAAGAGAUCAAUUUUAAUACAUAGAUUUAGAGAUCAUAAAUUUUAUAUUAAACACAUACAACAUUUCAUCUUAAUUUGACUACAAUAAAGUCUGAAUAAUUCACACUUGUUAUAAUUAUAUUCAUGUAUGAUGCAACACUUAUGUGUGACUAUGAUACUGCCUAUGUGAGCAUCAGUCUGAAUUUUGAUCAUAUAAAUCUUAUUGUAAAUACUAAAUCAUUUUCAAUUAUCAAAUUACGAAAAAAAUCGUUUAGUAAUUUGUUCAUGUCUGUCAAUGUAUAUAUUAUUGUAUAUUGUAAAAUUAGCUUUCAUACAUAGCUAAAAAUGUGAUGUAAAUGCAAAAUUAAUAAAAUCAUGUCAGAAAUUAUGUUUAUAUUCCAUUAUGUGUGUGAUUAGAGCUGCACAUGAGAAG